AUGCUCGGCGAUGUGUCGAUAGCUCAUCAUAGGGAUGUGAUGAAACUUCUUCGUUCCCGGAUGGAGACGGCACGACUUUUGGGUGACUACAAACUUGGCCCGAAAAUCGGGUGUGGUUCGUUCUCUGUGGUGUGGCUAGCGAAGCAUCGAUCGUCUGGUUUAGAAGUCACCGCGAAAGAGAUUGAUAAGAAACUGCUUAGCCCUGAAGUCAAAGGUAAAUCUUCUUAA